AUGAUGAACGCAAGACAUACGCGCUGGGUUGAGUUCUUGGCGGACUAUCAGGUGAACAUUAACUACCAUCUGGGCAAGGCUAACCUGGUGGCGGAUGCGUUGAGUAGACGGAGGUAUGAUUCCGCAGUGGAGCGAGAUGUAGAGUCUCUGGUUGGCGAGAUCAGUACCUUGCGUUUAUGUGCCAUUUCGCAGGAACCUUUGGGUUUACAGGCAGUGGAUCAGGCGGAUCUACUUAGCAGGAUCAGAGUUGCUCAGCAGAGUGAUCAGAGUUUGCUAGAUGCGACGAGAGUGACUGGUUCUGAGUAUGAGGUCUCUGCGAAUGGGACCAUUCUGGUUCGUGGGCGAGGUUGUGUGCCUAAGGAUGUGGAGUUGAGACAGGAGAUUCUGAGAGAGGCUCAUUCGAGCAAGUUUUCCAUUCAUCCGGAGCGACCAAGAUGUACCAUGACCUCAAGAGAGCAUCAGGUUCCGGGUGGUCUUUUGCAGAGUUUACCCAUUCCAGAGUGGAAGUGGGACAGGAUUACGAUGGAUUUCGUGGUUGGACUACCUGUUUCGAGGACUUUUGACGCUAUUUGGGUGAUUGUGGAUCGGUUGACUAAGUCUGCACAUUUCUUGGCCAUCAAGAAGACAGAUGGAGCUGCUGUCUUGGCUAGGAAGUUUGUGCGAGAGAUUGUGAGGCUGCAUGGAGUGCCAGCUAGUAUUGUGUCAGACCGUGAUCCCAGAUUCACUUCAGAGUUUUGGAGAGCUUUUCAGGCAGAGAUGGGCACUAAGGUGCAUUUGAGUACAGCUUAUCAUCCGCAGACAGAUGGACAGUCAGAGAGGACUAUUCAGACCAUGGAGGAUUUGUUGAGGAUGUGUGUGUUGGAUUGGGGUGGCCAUUGGGCAGAUCACCUGGGCUUAGUUGAGUUUGCAUAG